UCUUGAUGGUAAACUUUGUUUUUUGAAAAAAAUUAUCCAGCGCACGUGUGUGUGCGUUUUCAAAACAAAACUUGAAAAUUUUUACACUUUUUUCAAUUUGAUUCAUCAUUGAUUUAAUUCAAACAAUCAUAACGAUCACGUUUGAAUUCGUGAUCAACGUUCUUCGAACAUUCUAUCGAAAUCUUUUGUUUUUUUUGAUUAAAAAUCCAAUCAAUGUAAUUAUUACGAUGGCCAAAAAAAAUCGUAAACAACAACGUCGUGCUCAAAAUAAAAAAUUUGCUCAAACAACAACGAUAAAAUCGAAACGAAAUUCUUCAAAAACAGCUGAUAAUAAUGAUUCUGGUGGUGGUGAAACGAUUGAUUUAUUAAGCGAAAAAAUUGAUGGUGUUACUAUACGAUCAUCUGCACCCUCAUCAUCAUCAUCAUCGAUGCAAGGCCAUUCUGCAUGUUUAAUGAAUCAACCAUCAGGUUUACCUAACCUAGGUAAUACAUGUUAUUUUAAUUCGGUUCAACAAGUAAUGGCACAAACAUAUCUAUUACAUCAUUAUCUACGUGAACGUUGUCAACCAGAUUUUCGUUGGAAUGCACAAACAUUCUAUUGGAAUGAAUCAAAACAAUCAUUUACAAGUGAAUCAUUACAUUUAUCAUUACCACCACCAAAUUCAUUGAUAAUUGAUUUUCUACAAUUACAGGAACAGAUUUUUGCACGAAAAUCAACAAAUCCACGUGCAUUAUUAAGUGAUAUUCAACGUGAAAAACAACAAUUUGAAGGUUAUGCACAACAAGAUGCACAAGAAUUACUAAUAACAUUAUUGGAUUCAUUAAAAAAAUCUGAAAUUCUACGACAAAAAUAUGCUCUAUUGAAAGGAUUAAGAAUUGAAGAUCGUCGUAAUCCAACGGCUGAAGAUCGUGAAAAUGCUCAACGUUAUAAAAUAACAGCUAAACAUACUGUUAUUGAUUCUAUAUUUGGUGGCCAAUUAUUAUCAAUUAUACAUUGUAAUGUUUGUGAUUAUCGUUCAUUUACAUUUGAACCGUUUAUUGAUUUGGCUUUAUCAUUGGAUACUACAUUUCCACAAUCCAAAUUAUCAUCAUCAUCGUGUCCACCGAAUGACAAUGUCAAAAAACUUCCGAAUGUCAAACAACAAUCAACCAAAAUGAAGAAAAAGAAUAGAAAGAAUAAGAAAAACGAUGAUGAUGACGAUGAUGAUGAAUGUGAUGGUGAUGUUGAAAGUUGUGAUGAACAACAAACUUCCAACAACAACAAUAAUGAUGAAUAUGAUGAUAAAUCAUUGAUUGGAAGAAAAAAAUUGCGGCAAGAAAAAAAAGCAGCUCGUCGUGCCGAACGUAAACAAAUUAAGCUAAAAAAUCAACAACAAAAACGAAACCUUAAGACUGAAAAUGAUGAUAAUGAUAGCAGCAGCAACAACGAUGAUAAUGAUUCUCAAAAGCCUUGCAUUGAUAAUCAUGAAGAAAAUCCAUUACCUAAUGGUAACAUUACUUGCAGUUCCAGUGAUGAUGAUGAAAAGAUAGCUUCGGAAAUUCUACCAUCCGAUGAUAAUGAUAUGCAAAAUGAGCCUACUAAUUCUCAAGAUUUCUCAGCGAAAAACAAGAAAAUUAUCGACGAUGAAUUUCGUUAUAAAUUUCAUUUAUUUGCACAUGAACGUAUGUGUCGAA